ACUCUUGACAAUGUACCUGUAAUAAACGUCUUCAUGACUUGCGCAUUACCUUAAUCGUUCAACGGCAAUGCCACGACUGCUCGACGACCAGACCGACUCAUCCAGUCAUAACCUCAAUGGCCCAGGAGACCAGAUCUGAAUUUCGGGCUGCAAAGCCACUGCCGUACGAAUUACGCCAACAUUGUGCCAUCUACUUUGAGGAGAAACUAUACUCCCAGGCUUUAAGUCUCCUUUUGAACAUAUUAUCCUACGGAACCGCGACACACGCCCCGGCAUAUGUGCCUGCACCCCAGCACUUGUCGCUUGCAGCAACUCUCCUCGUGCACCCGUCUACCACCACCAGAGCAAAAUUACAAGAAGAAAAAGAUGCAGCGAGUGCUGCAUUACAGCUCCUCCGGCUGACAUUGCAGCUAGUGGGGCCUAUCUCUUCGAGGUUAAACGUCGCUUUCACAUUCACGCAUUUCGAGUCUUCCAGGCACGGCGGUCAAUGGAAGGCUGAUGAGUCAACGACGUCUGUCUCUGGAUCUGGAUAUGAUGACGACGAGGUACCAUUAGAUCUGGACCUUGCAAAAUCAAAGUCGGUAUGGUCACGAGCAGAAGAUUUCUGGCAUGUUGUUGGCUGGACAUUUAAUUGCUCAGUUUUGUACCCACGGCGUUGGGAAAGAUGGCAGAUUUGGCUCGAAUACAUGUGUCUAGCCAUGGAGAUGGACUGGAUACAGAGAGAGAAAAAGGUCGAUUUAGACAAAAAACUCAAGCCUGAAGAGGUAUUAAAGGACAGCUUGGUAUGGAAGUUCAUCGACACUGUUACAACUGGUUAUGGCAGGAACCGUCGUAUACUACGCGCCAUCUUUGCGGACGGUAGCGCCACAUCAGUGACAGAAUUUCGCGAGAUUUUCAAAAAUGAGUUAAAAGAACCAAAAAAGGAGGACGAAGAGAAGAAGAUCUCGAAUUCGAGAAAGAGGACCGAAGUGAACAUCGAUAAAGACGAGUACGGCGAUUAUCUUUUCCAGGACGAAGAUGAUUCAGAUGUAGCAGACAAAUCCCUACGGACUCGACCCAAGCGUGCUCGGAGAGGUACAAGAGCCCCUGAUUCAGCUGUUGUUGACGACGAAGCGGCAGCAGCAGAAGAAAAAGAGGCAAAAAAAUUGGCGGAUGAAGCUCACGCAAAGGGGGACGUCGCUGCUUACGGUGGCUUUCACUCCCUUGAGCUUCGACAACGACUACUUAGUCUUUUGACUAAAGUAUCUUUGGCUAUGCCAAAAACGUUCAUGCCCACGCACGCGCUUUACCACUUGUUUGUGGAGAAUAUUCGACACCUGCCGCUCCCUAUCUUUCAGACAUUUGCUUCUCCACAAACUCUUCCAUGGAUGACAGCAGACGCACAAAGUACCUUGUGCGAGACCCUGAUUCUGCGCAUGCGUGAAAGCUCAGCACCGGAUUCAAAGGACAUCUAUCUACAUCAGGAGAAACUCCAAGAAUGCUACCUACCCUACUCCGCCAACACAGCCAGCGCAGUAGAUAAUGCCAAAUACUCGAUUCUUCUAGAGGCGUUGGUUAUACUGUUAGCUAGGAACGACUCGCUGCGCAAUACGCCUAUACUAAGAGAAUCAGUCAUGACAGGCAAUCAACGGAGAAUAGAAAAGGCAGAAGCAGAAAUUCGUCGGAAUAAGGCGAGUCGCAAACUCGAGGAUGAGGAGUGGUCUUGGCUGGUUGAAAGUGCGGAUCGAUUGCUUUAUUUGGUUGAGGAGAUAUUGCCUCCGGUGAACUUAUCUGAUGCGGAAUAA